AUGAUCACAAUUCCAUUACUACUACUAAUCCAUCCCUUCUUCUUUUUCUCUACUUCCACCACCACUGCUACUGGUUCUUACAACCACGAUCAUCACAACGAUGCUGCAGCUCUCCUCCAACUCAAAGCCCACUUCACCAUCAAUACUUCUCCUCCCUCCGAUCAUCCCCUCUCCCGCAACUGGACCGCCGCCGCAGCAGCCAGCAUCUGCAGCAAUUGGGUCGGCGUCUCGUGCGGCCAUCGACGACACAGCAGAGUAACCUCCUUGACUCUGCCCAACAUGAAGAUACAGGGGACUCUGCCUCCAGACCUCGGAAACCUCUCCUUCCUCGUCUCCCUCGACCUCAGCGGCAACCUCUUGUACGGAGAUUUACCCAUGGAGAUCUCGAGGCUGCGGAGGUUGAAGACGAUCAACCUCGCCAACAAUCAAUUCAACGGCAGCAUCCCACCAUCGAUUGGUUAUCUCGAGGGUCUGAAAACCCUCGAUUUGGGGGGGAACCAGCUUUCAGGUUCCAUACCAGCAACGGUUUUCAAUGUUUCUUCAUUGGAGAGAUUGGUGUUGGCGUAUAAUCGCUUAUCAGGAAACCUUCCUGAUGAAAUGUGCGAUCAAUUGGGGGUUGUUCAAGUGAUCAAUGUGUCUCACAAUGAAUUGGGAGGUGGAAUUCCAUCUGGGUUGGGACAUUGCAGCGCUCUUCAGAAGUUGUCUUUGGGGUAUAAUUGGUUUACUGGGUCGGUUCCAAAGAGUCUCGGGAAUUUGACUGCACUCGAGGUUCUGAGUUUCUCGUUCACAAACUUGACAGGUGAAAUACCAUAUGAGAUUGGCGACCUUGGAAGGUUACGGAUCCUGGGGAUGUCGAACAGUGAUCUUUCUGGAGUCAUUCCGUCUACCAUGUUCAAUAUUUCCACCCUGCAAGAGGUGUAUCUUGGCGAGAACAGGUUAUCAGGGGUUUUGUCACGUGAAAAAAUGUGUUGUCGUGCUCGAAAUCUGAAUACUUUGUAUCUGGAGCAUAACCAGUUGCACGGCGAGAUUCCUGCGAGCGUCGGGAACUGUACGAGUCUUCAGUUUGCAUCGUUCACCGUCAACCAGUUCUCUGGAAGUAUUCCAACAGCUAUCGGAAAUUGCAGCGUGCUCACGAUGUUAGAUCUAUCGAAUAAUAGUUUGACCGGUGAAAUCCCUCGAGAAACUGGUAGGUUGAGUAGUCUAGAGGAGCUCUACAUGGGGAACAACUUCUUACAAGGUGAAAUUCCUCGUGAACUGGGUAAUCUUAUUGCCAUGGAAGUUCUCAGCCUCGGCGGAAACAAGUUAAGCGGGCCUAUUCCCUGGGAGAUUUUCAACAUCUCAUCGAUAAGUUCUAUGGACCUUUUCGAUAAUAAAUUAUCAGGAGUUCUCCCACCAACCUUGGGCUCAAACCUCCCAAAUUUGGAGGGACUUAAUGCUUGGGGUAAUGAGCUUAGUGGAAGCAUCCCAUCCUCCAUCGCCAAUGCUUCAAAUCUUUCUUUCCUAUCCCUAGCUAACAACUCAUUCUCUGGUCGUGCUCCUGAUGCCCUUGCCAAUCUGGAAUUGCUCGAGAUCCUUAGCAUCUAUGGAAACGAAAAGCUAGUUGUGGAGCCAUCCUUCAUCACUUCUUUGACAAGAUGCACUCGUUUGAGAUGGCUGCAGAUGUCGCGCACUUCCUUCGAGGAUGCUUCGCUCCCAAGUUCCAUAGGAAAUUUAUCAUCUCUCGAAACAUUCACGGCGUAUGACAGCGAAAUAAAAGGUAUCAUCCCCGAUCAAGUUGGCAACUUGAGCAAUAUUAAUUCCAUUGGUCUCUCGGGAAAUCGAUUAACUGGGUACAUUCCUCGAGCAAUUGGACGGCUCGAGAAGCUCGAGUAUCUGGCAUUAGAUCGCAACGAGUUGCUCGGACCGAUUCCUGAUGAGCUUUGUGAGUUGCAGUUUAGUUAUCACUUAGAAUUGAGUUACAACAAUCUUUCGCAACAAAUCCCAGGUUGCUUAGCCAACUUGACUCUACAACAACAUCUUCAUUUGGAGUUCAACAAGUUCAACUCUAUAGUACCUUCUUCACUUUGGGGGAUGAGCUCCUUACUAACAUUACGUUUGGGAGGUAACUUGCUAAGUGGAUCACUUUCUCCCCAAGUUGGCAACUUGAAAGCCUUGUAUUGGAUGGGUUUAUCAAGGAAUCAACUAUCAGGCUACAUUCCUGAAAGUAUUGGAACUCUUGUGAAUUUACAGGAGUUGAAUUUGGAUAGAAAUCAAUUCCAAGGCCCCAUUCCAAAUUCCCUUGCCAAUAUGGUUAUCUUGAAAUCCUUGGAUUUGUCAUCCAACAAUCUCUCGGGUGUUAUUGCCAAAUCUAUGGAGUCUUUGAGUGAUCUAAAGUAUUUCAAUGUAUCACAUAACAGGUUAUGGGGAGAAAUCCCAAGUGGAGGAGCGUUUGGAAAUUUAUCAUCAGGGUUAUUCAAAGGGAAUCUUGGGUUAUGUGGUUUACCUAAGUUUGGAGUACCCUUGUGCCCUCAACCCAAGGGAAAGAAACUUGGACAUAAGCACUUAGUUAAAGUAUUGAUUGUCAUUCUUUCUGCAAUGGUCGUUGCUACUGGUGUUGUAGUUAUGGUUAUCAUUUGGUGUCGGAAUAGGAAAGCAUAUAAGAGGAACAGUGAAAGGGAAGAAUCAUUUCCUUUAACUAAAUGGAGGAGAAUUUCCUUGCUAGAGCUUCAAAGAGCAACUAAUGGAUUUGAGGAUUGCAACUUGUUGGGAAAGGGAAGCUUUGGUCGUGUGUACAAAGGGGAGUUAGCCGAAGGAAUCAAUGUAGCGGUGAAGGUGUUCAAUGAUUUGGAGGAAGAAGAGGAAGCCAAUAAUGGCAUGGUUGAUGUUCAUCACGAAUGUGAGAUUUUGUGCAAUCUUCGACAUAGAAAUCUGAUCAAAAUUAUUAGCAUCUGCUAUACGAUUGAUUUCAAAGCACUAGUGUUGGAGUUCAUGCCAAAUGGAAGUUUGGAGAAGUGGCUAUAUUCUCACAACUUUUUCUUAGACAUCUUUCGGAGGCUGGAUAUCAUGAUAGAUGUUGCAUGCGCCCUGGAAUAUCUCCACCACGGUUAUUUUGUUUCGAUAGUUCAUUGUGAUUUGAAGCCUGGGAAUGUGUUGCUAGAUGGAGAUCUAGUUGCGCAUCUAAGUGAUUUUGGUAUUUCCAAGUUCCUAGGCGGUGCUGAUUCCAUCACUCAAACAUUGAAGUUGGGCACCGUCGGUUACAUAGCACCAGAGUUUGGCAGGGAAGGAAUUGUGUCAAUAAAGAGUGAUGUGUAUAGUUUCGGCAUUUUACUAAUGGAAGUUUUCACGAGAAGGAAACCAACUGAAGAAUCAUUUGAUGAAGGAAUGGACAUGAAGCAAUGGGUUUCAAUGUUACUACCCGCAAGGGUGACUGAGCUUGUUGAUGCAAAUUUGUUGGCUAAUGAUGUUAGAAUAAACUUCAAGACAAAAGUUGACUGCAUGGAAUCAAUUAUGAAGCUCGCAUUAGCAUGUUGUGCAGAGAUAUCAGAAGAGAGAAUGGAUAUAAGAGAAGUGCUUUCCAAUCUGAAGAAGAUAAAGUCACAAAUUUUGAAAGCGAGACACUUGAGAGUUUAAAUAAAAAUGAGUGAGUGGAUAGUUACCAUUCAAGUUGGAAGUAUAAUAAUUUGGUGACAAUAGUUAAGUAAAAUUAUGAAUAUUCAUAGUAUAUGUAAUUAGUGGUGGCAAAUGAAUUGGUUUCAAUGGAUUAAUUGAUUG